AUGAUGAACACAACAGAGAGCUUGAAAGAUGAUGACAGUGGGGACCAUGAUCAGAAUGAAGAAAACAGCACACAGAAAGAUGGUGAGAAGGAAAAAAUGGAACGAGACAAGAGUCAGAGUAGCAACAAGAGGAAGGCUGUUGUCCCUGGACCGGCAGAGCAUCCCCUGCAGUACAACUACACUUUCUGGUAUUCCAGGAGAACCCCUGGCCGUCCCACCAGCUCACAGAGCUAUGAACAGAAUAUCAAACAGAUUGGCACCUUUGCCUCAGUGGAGCAGUUCUGGAGGUUUUAUAGCCACAUGGUACGUCCCGGGGACCUGACAGGCCACAGUGACUUCCAUCUCUUCAAAGAAGGAAUUAAACCCAUGUGGGAGGAUGAUGCAAAUAAAAAUGGUGGCAAGUGGAUUAUUCGGCUGCGGAAGGGCUUGGCUUCCCGGUGCUGGGAGAAUCUCAUCCUGGCCAUGUUGGGGGAGCAGUUCAUGGUUGGAGAGGAGAUCUGUGGAGCUGUGGUCUCUGUCCGCUUUCAGGAGGACAUUAUUUCAAUAUGGAAUAAGACUGCCAGUGACCAAGCAACCACAGCCCGAAUCCGGGAUACACUUCGUCGAGUGCUUAACCUACCUCCCAACACCAUUAUGGAAUACAAAACUCACACCGACAGCAUCAAGGCCUGGGAGGAGUUUCAUGGCCUGGUGAACAGCAGCGGCCGCUGAUCGGACGCUCCCCCUCUGUCUCUCACACUCAGGGGACAAUUCAAGCUUUCGAAAUACAAAAAUCACAUUGUGAAAGUACACAAGCUGGCAAUAAUCCUUUUCUGUAUGUGUGUGUUUGUACGAAAUGGAUGGCAGGCCUCCAGCCAGUCCUUCCAUCUGCUUACUGAAGGGACGUCCCUGAGCCGCGUGCUCCCUUUUGCACUCAUUUCUGGAGGACGGAUUCCGCUAGACACCCUCCAGCAUCGCUGACUUUAUAAAGCGGAAAAAGAGAAAACGUGACUUUGUAAUAGACAAACAUUGUUUUUUAAUGGGGUUUUGUGGGGGGAGAUUAGCCUUUGGUUUUGCUGUGUGCUGUCCAGAUGCCUCUCAGUGUCCUAUUGUGCUCUUCUCAUGCCGGAUGAAGGGCAUCAUGACCACGUGUACAUGCCAGAGCUGUCGAUGAGAGUGAUCAGUAUUAUGAAUGUCUGUGCAUCCAGGAAAAGCUUUCUGUUGGAGAGUCCCGGAAUAGCUGUAUAUGCUCUCUUGUAGCUCUGCCAUUAAAUUAUUGGGACAUUUUGUUUCCUUCUCUCCCCACUUCCCCCAUGCCCACCACUUUCUGAAAAUGUGUUACUGAUGUGAUGACUCUCCAGGAUUUUGUAUCAUCUGCCUUAUGCCCUCCAGUCGUCCUUCCUGUGGGACUUUCUCCUUAUCAGGCACUCCUGCACUUAGAAUUGUAAUCCAGUGGGUCAUGCUAGUUUCACUGAGGCAUCUUAGAGUAUAUGCUUUGGUAAAUUAAGCUGAAGCAGAAUCCAGUUAGAUUAGGAGCUAGAUUAUAAUGUAGGUUACAAGUGCAGGAUUUGGAGGUGAGGGCAGUGACUGAAAUCAUUUUCCCAGAAAAGCAGGGCCUGUGUGUCAAGUCUGUUUCUGUGGGUUCUUUCAUGUCCCUUAUUGAGGAAGGGAAGCAAAAGCUGGUUAUUACCAGGUGUUAAUAUUUAAUAUGUUAAUUCUAUGAUCCCGAAACUGGGACGUUUGAAGAAAAGGUGACCUUGCUGGAUGGCUAUAUUUGCAUGGCUGUGCCUGUCUGUGGUGGUUGGAAAACCCUACUUUCAGUCUUCAUCACCUGGUAUAUAUGUUAGUAAAUGUGUGCUGAUCCAUAAUGCCCAGACAGAAACCUCUUGAAGCGACUGCAGGCAUGCUUAAAAAUGACCAGUCUCUCAUCAGAGAAGCAAAGUAGUCUGACUCCAGAAGGACUGAAGAGAAUCAAAAGAGCGCCUAGGAUUCAAAUAAGGAAUAAGUAAGAGUCCUACAGCAACCUCCAAUGAGCACUGUCUUACUUGGCUCUUGUGAGCAAAGAUUGCAGUACCUUAAAUUAAGGCCUCUCUUUAAAACAUAUCCUUGAAGGCUAGGGGGAUCCUUAGCCACCUGGUCUCAGAGAAAUCAUGUGAGAGUAACAUGCAUUUCCUUAUCAUAUUUAUAUUACUCUCUUCCUACUUUCCAACUCCUGAACAUGCUCUAAUUACCACUGUUUUGGGAUUCUUUUUCCUGAAAGAACAGGGGAAGUACAGAGGCCAAAAGGGAGGUGCUUCCGUUACAGGUGAAGUUAGAUAAGAAGAUCUAGCAGUGAUUGGAACUCCAGGAAUAUGAAGAAUGCUUUCUGGUGUCCAGACAAUUGUGAAGGGCUCAGGAAAAUACAGGAGCAACACUGGCGACAGCGGGCAGAAAAGGCUGCCUCCUGAGAUGUGUUCAGAGCCCGGGGAGAUCUUCACUUUUGCCUAAACUCAGAUUUGCCAUGAAAAUUCCAAAGAAAGCAGACAUUUGGAUUUGCCCUCCUUUGGGCAUCUAUCUGACUGUUGUGCAUGCGUAUAGGUGCAUAUGUGUACAAUGUGUUGAUGAGUGAUGGUUUGGUCAGGCCUGGUGGGUAGGUGUGUUGUCCAUAAUUUUGCUUUUUUGGGGGGUGGUUCUCAUUUGUUCAGAUUUUUGCAUCUCAUAUUUUCUAGAACUGCUCAUGUUUCUCCUUCAUCUUUGUCUUUGUAGUAUUCGAUGGUUAUUUUUUUCCCAUCAAAAAUAUGCUGACCCUAUGAUGGUUAGAACAAGGGGUUAUCCCCUUUUAGGCAGCAUCUUACACCCAGUGUUCUCCCAGAACAAUUUAUCCAAACCACCCAUUUUUUCCAAACUAGCUUGAGAGGUCUUUUCAUUUAUUUUGACUUAAAUACUAACACUUUUAUGGCUAUGGUAUCACCUGUUCUAGAGACAAAGGGAAAAAAGGCCUGCCAGGGCCAACAUAACCAGUGUGGUAGGUUGCUGCUGGAGAAUGGGGAGUCGGUCUCUACUUUGCACAGUUGGGGCUGUUCUCCCCUGACCUGUUUGCUGGGUUCUCUGUUUGAAAUUGGCCCUUACUUCUCUCCAGGGCUCACCAAUCACAUUGUAUCCUUCUGUUUGCGCACACGUGCGUGUGUGUGUGUGCGUGCGUGUGUGUGUAUGUGUGUGUGUGUGUUCCCUGUGACAGUGGCAGUGGCAAUAAUUUUCCACCCAGAGAGAUGCUUGUGGUCCAUGAUGCUCCAAGAAUGAAUUUCCAAGUGUUUGCCAGCGGAGAAGGAGCAGAGGCUGUGACAAGAGUGUUUGGUGUUGCACUUUCAGAGCAGUUGUCUACUGCAGAAAUAAAUGGAAAAUAUCAGCAAGAA